UUUUUCUCUAUAGUUCUCCGCCCACAAUUUCCCGUUUUUAGGGCACGACACGAAACAUUCGCGUGGGGGAAGGAGACGACUCUGCUCUGAGCACUAGGAGAGCGAUAGAGACGAAGAGGACGAAGACGAAGACGAAGACGAAGAGGGAGACGAUGAGUAGGUCAACAAUGGAGGGAAGAGGAGAGAAGGGUCUCCUGUGGAAGCUCCCCGAGGUGAAGUCGAAGGAUCUCGGUAAACUUGGCCCCGGAUUCGGGUUCGGCGCGGGUUGUGGCGUUGGAUUCGGCAUCGGCCUCUUCGGAGGUGCAGGGCUAGGGGCUGGGUUUCCUGGCUUACAAUUCGGUCUUGGUAUCGGUGCUGGCUGUGGUAUUGGUUUGGGUUUUGGUUAUGGCCUGGGAAAAGGAGUUGCCUAUGAUGAUAAGAAGAAGUAUUCAAAUGUCGGCAAAUUGUUUCAAGAUGCGGCAAAUCUGCCAUCUCAAGAACGCAUCGGUGCUUUGGUUGAUGAGCUUGUUGAAAACACCAAAAAGCUAGUCAAAGCAACUUCAAAAGAGAUCGAGAAGUGGCGAUGAGGCAUUAUUACAUGUUCCCAUAACUGUUUGUAUAUUCAAUGCCUAAAUUGUCGCCAACUUUUAAUUCCCUAAAAAGCUUCAUAGUUGAUGCAUUUAAUGAUACCUUACAGAGAUUGGAAUGUUAUCUAUUGAUAUAUUCAUAUCUAUGGUUGUUAGGUAACUAUCGGUUGAUAAUUUUCUCCAUGUAUGCUUUAAGAGCUAGAAAUUUGUGAAACCAACUAGUGGUUAGAAUACGGAUUAGUAUCCGAGUUCGCUCUGCUUUGCAAGAACAUGGAUGAUCCUAUUCAGUGCUUCAUAUGUUUGAAUGAUUUGUCUAUAAAUCUUCAUCCCCUUAUCAUUA